GUCGGUGAUUGAAGCUAAAUAAAAACGGCAAGUUUUGUGGAGACGCGAAGCAGGAAAAAGAGGAAGAGAAAAGUGAAAGUGGAUCACAUGACCAAAUGAUUUCCUGCCGCCUGGCCGCCGCACAGCACCUCCUCGGACUCACUGACUCGCUCUCACCGCAGACCUCCGCUGUCCCCUCCCAGCCGACCACCGCGGACUAAGCUACUCCGCUGGCCGCUUCCCAGCCAACCACCGCGGACUAAACUACUCAAAAGUAGCCCGUUGUCCUGCCUUGUUCCCCCCUGCUCACCAUGGCCACAGCGGCUGGCAGCGGCCCCAUCCCCAGCACGGGGACCGAGCUGGUCCGCGGACAGGCGUUCGACGUCGGGCCUCGCUACAGCAACCUGUCCUACAUUGGGGAGGGAGCCUACGGGAUGGUGUGCUCGGCCUACGAGCGCGACAAGAAGAUCCGCGUGGCCAUCAAGAAGAUCAGCCCCUUCGAGCACCAGACCUACUGCCAGCGCACGCUACGGGAGAUCAAGAUCCUGCUGCGCUUCAAACACGAGAACAUCAUCGGCAUCAACGACAUCAUCCGCACGCCAACCAUGGAGCAGAUGAAGGACGUCUACAUAGUCCAGGACCUGAUGGAGACAGACCUCUACAAGCUCCUGAAGACCCAGCAUUUGAGCAACGAUCACAUCUGUUACUUCCUCUACCAGAUCCUCCGAGGCCUCAAGUACAUCCACUCCGCCAACGUCCUGCACCGCGACCUGAAGCCCUCCAACCUCCUGCUCAACACCACCUGUGAUCUCAAGAUCUGUGACUUCGGUUUGGCUCGCGUGGCCGACCCGGACCACGACCACACCGGAUUCCUAACGGAGUACGUGGCUACCCGCUGGUACCGAGCGCCCGAAAUCAUGCUCAACUCCAAGGGCUACACCAAGUCCAUAGACAUCUGGUCAGUGGGCUGCAUCCUGGCAGAGAUGUUGUCCAACAGGCCCAUCUUUCCCGGGAAGCAUUACUUGGACCAGCUCAACCACAUUCUGGGGAUUUUGGGUUCUCCUUCUCAAGAGGAUCUCAACUGCAUCAUCAACAUCAAGGCCAGGAACUACCUGCUGUCACUUCCUGCACGCUGCAAAGUGCCCUGGAACCGCCUCUUCCCCAACGCCGACGCCAAAGCUUUGGACCUGCUGGACAAGAUGUUGACCUUUAACCCGCACAAGAGGAUCGAGGUGGAAGAGGCCCUGGCACACCCCUACCUGGAGCAGUACUACGACCCCACUGACGAGCCCGUUGCUGAGGCGCCCUUCAAGUUUGACAUGGAGCUGGACGACCUGCCCAAAGAGACCCUAAAGGAGCUCAUCUUUGAAGAGACGGCACGCUUCCAGCCACGCUUCCCGUCCUAAUGUCUGGCAUAGGUGUGAGGAUCUUGUGUGGCUGCCGUGUUGUUGUCUUUGUGUGGACCUCAGUGCUCAACUUCCUGCCAGCAGAAGAAGAACAGGAAGUGGUGUUUGAAAGAUUGUUGCAACUUUUGUGAAGAAUCGGACUCUUAUUGUGGAAGACUCUUUUCAAACAUGCAAAAUAAGUGGAAGACAAAUCUUCUAAUCAAGUGUACUUUGUCAAUAAAAAUGUUUUUCCCCAAAA